GGCGGGGAGUAGACUGCUGGCCUCUUCCCACUGUUGAAAAUUCACUGGGCACUGGAGGAGGACAUUUUCCUUCUCUCUGCUGCCCUGAAUAUUUUCCCAAACAUGAAGGCAAUAACUUUAUUCUUCUUGGUGGGAUUUAUAGGAGAGUUUCAAGUUUUUUCAAGUGCCUCCUCGCCAGUCAACUGCCAGUGGGGUUCCUAUGCUCCUUGGUCAGAAUGCAAUGGUUGUACCAAGACUCAGACUCGCAGGCGGUCGAUUGCUGUUUAUGGACAGUAUGGUGGCCAUUCCUGUGUGGGAAGUGCUUUUGAAACACAACCAUGUAAACCUACUCAAGGAUGUCCCACAGAAGAAGGAUGUGGAGAACGUUUCAGGUGUUUCUCAGGUCAGUGCAUCAGCAAAUCUUUGGUUUGCAAUGGGGAUUCUGACUGUGAAGAGGAUGGUGCUGAUGAAGACAGAUGCGAGGAUGCAGAGAGCAGACCCGCCUGUGACGUUGUUAAACCUCCUCCCAACAUAGAGCUUACCGGACGUGGUUACAAUGUGCUAACAGGCCAGUUUAGAAACCAAGUCCUCAAUACCAAAAGUUUUGGUGGUCAAUGCAGAAAGGUGUAUAGUGGGGAUGGGAGAGAUUUCUACAGACUGAGUGGAAAUAUCCUCUCCUACACAUUCCAGGUGAAAAUAAAUAAUGAUUUUAAUCAUGAAUUUUACAAUAGUUCCUGGGCUUAUGUAAAAGAUACAUCGACAGAACAUUCAUCAUCUAGUCAAGGACGUAUCCUCUUUUUUCAUUCCUCAUCUUCUUCAUAUGGUUACUCUUCAAAUACGAAUAUACUUGUUAAGAAAAAGAGUUAUCAAUUGUUGGUUCUUCAGAACACUGUUGAAGUGGCUCAGUUUAUCAAUAACAAUCCGGAAUUUUUACAACUGGCUGAGUCAUUCUGGAAGGAACUCUCUUACCUUCCCUCUCUGUAUGACUACAGCGCCUACCGAAGAUUGAUUGACCAGUAUGGGACACAUUAUCUUCAGUCUGGGUCCUUAGGAGGAGAAUACAAAGUUUUCUUUCAUAUGGACUCAGAAAAAGUCAAAAAAUUUGAUUUCCAUUCAGAGGACAAGAGGAAAUGUGCUUCCUCACAUUUCCAGUUUCUGUUUACAUCAUCAAAACAAAAAUGCACAACGAUGGAAGAGGCCUUAAAAUCAGUUUCAGAAAAUGAGGGCAAUUUGUUGCGAGGGGUCCCAUCUGUCAGAGGAGGACGUCCUGGCUUCUCGGCUGGCCUUAGUUACCUGGAGCUGAACAAUCCUGCUGGAAACAAACGUCGAUAUUCUCAGUGGGCAGGAUCUGUAACUGAUCUUCCUGAAGUCAUAAAACAAAAGCUUACACCUUUGUAUGAACUGGUCAAGGAGGUUCCCUGUGCCUCUGUGAAAAAGCUAUACCUGAAACGGGCCAUCGAGGAGUAUCUGGAUGAAUUUGACCCCUGCCAUUGCCGGCCUUGUCAAAAUGGUGGCAUGGCCACUGUUCAGGGAAGCCAGUGCCAGUGCUACUGCAAACCAAACACGUUUGGUGUGGCGUGUGAGCAAGGAGUCCUCCUAGGGGAUCAAGCAGGAGGGGUGGAUGGAGGGUGGAACUGCUGGUCCUCUUGGGGUCCCUGUGUUCAAGGGAAGAAAACAAGAAGCCGAGAAUGCAAUAACCCCUCUCCCAGGGCGGGUGGGAAAUCCUGCAUUGGAGAAACCUCAGAAACCAGGCAAUGCGAAGACGAGGAGCUGGAGCAUUUGCGAUUGCUCGAACCACAUUGUUUUCCCUUGUCUUUGGUUCCAACAAAAUUCUGCUCAUCACCUCCUGCCUUGAAAGACGGAUUUGUUCAAGAUGAAGGUGCCACAUUUCCUGUUGGGAAAAACAUAAUGUAUACUUGCAAUGAAGGAUUCUCUCUGGUUGGAGACCCUGUUGCCAGAUGUGGAGAAGAUUUGCAAUGGCUUGUUGGGAAAAUGCAUUGUCAGAAAAUUGCCUGCGUUCUGCCUGCACUGAUGGAUGGCAUACAGAGUCAUCCCCACAAACCUUUCUACACCAUUGGCGAGAAGGUGACCAUUUCCUGUUCAGGCAGCAGAUCCUUAGAAGGUCCCUCGACAUUUCUCUGUAGUUCCAGCCUUAAGUGGAGCCCUGAGGUAAAGAAUGUCCAGUGUGUGCAGAAAGAAGCACCUUUGACACCGAAAGUGCCUAAAUGUCAGCCCUGGGAGAAACUGCAGAAUUCGAGAUGUGUUUGUAAAAUGCCCUAUGAAUGUGGGUCCUCCUUGGAUGUAUGUGCUCGAGAUGAGAGAAGCAAAAGGAUACUGCCUCUGACCAUUUGCAAGAUGCACGUUCUCCAGUGCCAGGGUAGAAAUUACACUGUGGCUGGUAGGGAGAGCUGCAUUCUGCCUGCCUCGGCUGAAAAAGCUUGCGGUGUGUGUCCACUAUGGGAAAAAUGUGAUGCCGAGGGCAGCGAAUGUGUCUGCAGAGCCGCCUCGGAGUGCGAGGAAGCAGGAGUUAGCGUCUGCGUAGAGGUGAACGGCAGGGAGCAGACGAUGACGGAGUGCGAGGCCGGCGCCCUGAGAUGCGGAGGACUGAGCAUCUCCGUCACCGGCAUCCGGCCCUGCGCCGCCGAGGCCGCGUAGGUGCCGGCUCGCCGUCCCUCAGGCGCUGUGGCUGAACUAAAGCUCUGCACAGCCAGCCCUGUAGGCUUCCAAGCACGCAGGCCCAUUCUUUCUCCUUCCCCUCCGUGUCCCCUUCCCCCAACUUGUACCCCUGCAUAAUCCCACAGCCCUUUGUCCUCCCAGACCCGAAUUCAGAUCUUUUUUCUCUUCUCUUUCUAAAAAAUGUCAGUCUGAAGGAUAUUGAUGAACCUUUGCAAAUGUUUUGUACUUCUCUGGACCUUGCCUUUUUUUUUUUUUUUUUUUAAUCUGAAAACUAGAGGGUUAGACUAGAGAAAUUUCAAUGCUCUAUGAUUCUUUUAAGUAUGAUUGACUCCACUCAUAAGCCAGAAUACAUUCUACAAAUUGAUUAGGAGAACAGAAAGAUUAGAGAGGCUGUCUUCACUCAGUAAAACCGAAUACGAAGGGGAUCUGGAAUGGAGGAAGACAGAUACAAUUAUUCCAUCCCAAAUGGUAAUCCCAGGCUUCACCCUGUUGACCCAGGCAGGACACCUGGAGAUCCCUAAUCUUAUCAGAAGGUUAAAUCACCCAUCAUCAAAGUGGAAUCCGUUCUGUGAUGGCUACCUUCUUGUCUGAGAACAAAUACAAUUCAGGCUUCACUCUGGAGCUUUUCUUUAGUAUGUGCCAAAUUCAAGACCUGUAAUUCACCUUCCUCUUCUUCUCUCUCUCUCUCUCUUUUUUUUUGGUAGGAAGCAUCAUUUAUGCUUGAGCUAUUGAGUGAUUGCAUAUUUGGGUGAAGAGUGUUCUUUAAUACGGAUACACACCUAGAUUUUUCCGGGGACUCUACAGGUAGAUCCGUUUGAAGCAUUAGCUCUCUAUUUAUCCCCUAUUCAUCUUUCAUCAAAACAAAAUAGCAGCUGUAUGAGGUUAAAUGAGUGGGAUUCAGUGGGAUUUAAGCAUGCAUUUAUACACAAAUAAUAUCUGUAUUUUCUGAUACAUUUUAAUAAAACUUUAGUUUAAAUGACAGUGAUUUAAAAACUCAUUAAAGAUACCAUUCUUU